AUGAAGUACAUUUCGGCAUUCCCGCUGGUGGCCACCCUCGCUGCCGCUCAGAUGCAGGUCAUGAGCCUUGCGCCAGCACCGUCCGGUCCCACAACACAUAGCGUUACUGUUGGUGGAAUGAAGGCCGUCUCGACCGGAAUGGCCCCAGUACUAGGAUUUUCUCCCGAGUCUAUCACCGCCGCCGUCGGCGACACCGUAGAGUUCGUGUUCAUGCAGAAGAACCACACCGCGACCCAAUCGACAUUCGCCGAGCCCUGCAAGGCAAUGGAGGGAGGAAAGGACUCGGGCUUCAUGCCUAACCCUGAAGGAAAGGCGGGUGUCACUUGGAACAUCACCGUCGACAGCACGGAUGCGCAGUGGUUCUACUGCAAGCAAGCCACCCACUGCGGCGUCGGCAUGGUCUUCGCCAUCAACGCUGCCACCACUGGCGACAAGACCAUGUCCGUCUUCAAAAACAACGCCAUCAACAAGAACAGCACCAAAUCCGCCAACCUCGGCCUCGCUCCCAUCCAGUCUGUCAACCCCGCUGCUGCCGCCGCACCCUCCACCGUGACCGUCGCCGCCGCUUCUGGUACCGGCGCCGCCGGCUCCACCGCCACUGUCGUUGCAGGCCAGGGCACCGACACCGCCGGCAACGCCUGCGGCUGCCAAUGUCUCUGCGGCGUCAACUCCUUCCCGCAGGCGGCUGCCGUUAACAACUUCGGUGGCUUCGCGGGUAUGCUGCCGUAGACGCAUUGCAUGACUAGGAACGGCUGGGGACGGUAAUGUGGGAGAUCCGGGGAUGUAUGAUGAGAGGUUGCAUGACGGGUUC